AUGCUAAGGAGAAUUAAAAAUUUCACUCGAAAAUUUCAGACAGAAAUUUUAGUAAAAAAUGACAUCAAGUCAAUGGAUAUGAUGCCUGGCCCGAGAGGCUUUUUGGGACUCGGAAAUGUUUUUAACUAUACAAAGCCAUUCGGAAAAUAUUCUUGGCUUGAUCUUCAUAAAUCUGGAAUGGAUAAGUAUAGGAAGUAUGGAUCAAUAGUGUGUGAAAGAAUGGUACCUGGAUUUUCUAUUGUGUGGCUUUAUGAUCCAAAUGAUAUCGCACAAAUCUUUAAUGAUGGAAUUGGAAACUUUCCAUGCCGGCGAAGUCAUUUAGCACUACAAAAAUAUCGACAGGAUCGACCAGAGACUUAUAGAAGUGGUGGUAUUUUACCAACCAACGGUCAAGAAUGGUGGAAGCUUCGAUCUGAAUUUCAAAAAGGUUUAUCAUCUCCACAAAACGUCCGCAAUUUAUUACCCCAGACUGAUGACAUGGUUCGAGAAUUUAUAAGUGUUCUUCCGUCACGUUUUGACAACGACUGUACAAUUCAGGAUUUUGUUUCGGAGCUUGAAAGAUUAAGUUUAGAGCUGACGUGCCUGAUUGCAUUUGAUCAAAGAAUGAACAGUUUUGCAGAAGAGGAAAGAGACCCAAAUUCUCGGACAUCAAGAUUAAUAAUAGCUAGUGAUAAUUCAAAUGAUGCUGUACUUCCGACUGAUCAAGGUCUUCAGCUAUGGAGGUUUUUUGAAACGCCUACAUACAAAAAAUUAAGAAAGGCUCAAGAAUACAAAGAGAAAAUUGUCAUUGAAUUCAUUCAGAAAAAGGCUUACCAAAAAGAUAAAGGCAAUUCCUUACUUGAUCAGUAUCUUAACAAUCCAAACAUUAAUGUUAAGGAUAUUGUUGGUAUGAGUGCUGAUCUGCUACUUGGAGGCAUCCAUACAACUUCAUUCUCAACUUCCUUUGCUAUGUAUCACAUUGCUCGUAAUGAGCGUAUCCAAAAUUUAUUACAUCAAGAGGCAAUGAAAGUACUUCCAACAUUUGAUGAUAAAGUCACCACACAAGUCAUGAACUCGGAAAUUCCAUACACAAGAGCUGUAUUAAAAGAGACAUUCAGGUUGAAUCCAGUUUCUAUUGGAGUUGGAAGGAUUUUGAAUCAUGACACUAUACUUGGUGGAUAUCUUGUGCCUAAAGAUACAACAGUUGUCACCCAAAACUUUGUUGCUUGUCGUUUAGAAGAAAAUUUCUCAGAUCCUCUAACAUUCUUACCUGAACGAUGGCUAAAGACAAACCAUCAAAAGUCAAACAUUCAUCCAUACUUAGUCAUUCCAUUUGGUCAUGGCAUGCGAUCGUGUAUUGCAAGGAGACUUGCAGAACAAGCUAUUCUGACUGUUGUGUUAAGAAUUCUUCGUGACUAUAAGCUUGAAUGGAAAGGAUGUGAGGAACUAGACAUAUCAACAAGACUAAUUAACAGACCCAAAUCAGAUGUGACUAUAAAAUUCAUCAAACGUAAUUGA